UGAGGGAGCAGCUGUAACAGACAGAGAACAUCUCAGAGGAGCCGAAUAUGCCCCAUCGACACAACAGGGAGGUGUUUCCUGGAGUUCGCACACACAGGAUGGCAGCUGUCAGUGGAGUUGGCCUAUGUAUUCCAGGAGAACGGAGGCUGUAAGCUUUGUGCACGUGGCACGGGCUUUGAGGAUGUGAAAGUGUCAAGACUGAGUGGGUCAUGGGGAUCAGCAGAGACCAGCACACAAGAUACCUCGCUGAAAGCCUAUUCCAUGGUUUUCCCUUCCACCUCAGUUACAUCAUUGCUCACCUGCUGGACUGGAGGGGCCUGCCUUCCACAACUGGUGUGCCACUGCUGCCGGCUGACCUGACGUGCUUUUAUCACGGCACACCUCUUUGGACUGGAGAGGCCCACCUCCCAUCGUGUACUGCUCUGCCAACCGACUCGACACUGAUCGCUUUGAUCGUAUCUAUCCACUGCUUUCUCCAAAGCGCCCUGAACAUGUCUCCCUCCCAGUCACCUACCGAAUCUGACACGCCUCUGUGCCCAUGCACCGGAGCAGGAACCCACCCUCCAAAGGAGAGCGACUCUCCCUCCCUCAGCGGCCAUCAGCUGCUGCUGGUCAUGUUGGAAUCUCCACUGCUGUGUUCAGGGCCCAUGACCUCCUCAGGCAUGGACUUUCGGCCAGGUCUCCAGCAGCAGGCUGAAUUCUCCCCUGUGGAGAGGGCCCCACCGCAAACCCCACGAAGUCACUUCCUGCUGGGGUCCCUGCAGCGUCGUCGCCGGCAGGGAACCGGUCGGAAGGAAAUCCGGGUCAACACCGGGCUGGUCGGCGCUGGGUCCAAACUUCCAGUCCUUCACCUCUUGGUGUAG